CUUGAGCGCCGAGACAAGAAGCCAAUGAGCGCAUAGCUUUUAGAGGGCGGAACUUCCUGCCGUGGACUCAUGGUGAGCGGCUGCGCGAAGGAGACAACUUCCUUUUGUGGGUGGCGGCGAUCGCAGAGAGAGCGCUAUGAAGGCCUCGGGCACGCUUCGAGAAUACAAGGUGGUGGGCCGCUGCCUGCCCACCCCCAAAUGCCACACCCCACCUCUCUACCGAAUGCGAAUCUUUGCACCCAAUCACGUUGUUGCCAAGUCCCGCUUCUGGUAUUUUGUAUCUCAGCUAAAGAAGAUGAAGAAGUCUUCAGGGGAAAUUGUCUACUGUGGGCAGGUGUUUGAGAAGUCCCCGCUGCGGGUGAAGAACUUUGGUAUCUGGCUGCGCUAUGACUCCCGUAGUGGCACCCACAAUAUGUACCGGGAAUAUCGCGAUCUGACCACCGCGGGCGCUGUCACCCAGUGUUACCGAGACAUGGGUGCCCGGCACCGUGCCCGGGCCCACUCCAUCCAGAUCAUGAAGGUGGAGGAGAUUGCGGCCAGCAAGUGCCGGCGGCCGGCUGUCAAGCAGUUCCACGUGAGUGCCCUAAGGGCCCUGCUGGGCAGGCUGCACCUAGGGGGUCCUGCACAGGGGGCUUGUCACACCUGGGUGACCCCCAGAAGAUGCAGGAUCGCCCUAGUUAAAUGCCACCCUAUCAAGUGGCUCUGUGAUGUGAGCCAUUUUCAGGAAAUAACCAUUUGGUCAGGGUGUGGGCAUAAGGGCCAGCCCUCCAGCAAUCCUCUUGGACCAUGAGGAAGACAAGCAACA